UUGGCUACUCCGGCAGCUCUUUCCACCGUGUGAUCCCCCAGUUCAUGCUCCAGGGCGGUGACUUCACCAACCACAACGGCACUGGUGGCAAGUCGAUCUAUGGCGAGAAGUUUGCUGACGAGAACUUUGAGCUCAAGCACACUGAGCCUGGACUUUUGUCGAUGGCUAAUUCUGGCAAGAACACCAAUGGGUCGCAGUUCUUUAUUACUACGGUUCCUUGCUCGUGGCUUGACGGCAAGCACGUCGUGUUUGGUAAGGUCAUUACUGGCCUGGAUGUGGUCAAGAAGAUUGAGGCUCUUGGAUCGGCGAAUGGAAAGCCCUCGAAGAAGAUUGUUAUUGAGGAUUGCGGCCAGCUGUAAAUUUUAUACCGCCCUUUUUUGAUUUCUACACUUGAACAAUAUCUUUUUGAAAUUGCAUACACAGUAACAAAAAUACGAGUACAAUAAAAAAG